GCAGGUCGGCAGCUAGGCAAGUAGGCAACCAGAAGCCGCGAGAGAGACGGCCCAACUCAGAGCUCAACUCUUUUCCGGAUAAGCACACUCCAGAUGGCAGAGGCAAUGGAAGUCGACGCGCUCGCCGGCGGCGGAGAGAGGCCGUCGGACAAGGAGCUGUUCCUCGCCGCAGAAUCUGGCGAUGCCGCCCCGUUCUCCUCCCGCGACCCCGCGUCCCUCGCCGCAGCCCUCUCUCUCCGCAACGAGGACGGCCGCUCCCUCCUUCACGUCGCCGCCGCCUCCGGCCACCCCAAGGUGGUCACCGCGCUUGUGUCGGCAGGGGGUGACGCUGCGGCGAGCGCGUUGAACGGGAAGGAUGAGGAGGGGUGGGCGCCGAUUCAUUCGGUGGCCAGCAGCGGGAACGCUCAGAUCCUCGAGAUCCUGCUCGAUCACGGGGCAGAUGUUGACUUGACUACUGAUGCUGGCCGAACUGCUCUUCAUUAUGCUGCUAGUAAAGGGCGGCUUAACAUUGCUGAGACACUGAUAGCUCAUCGUGCAAAUGUCAACAAGAAAGAUAAGUUUGGCUGCACACCUUUACAUAGAGCUGCAAGUACUGGAAAUGCUGAGCUUUGUGAAUACCUGAUUGAGGAAGGGGCAGAUGUUGAUGCAGUUGACAAGAUUGGACAAUCACCUCUAAUGCAUGCUGUUAUAUGCGAGGACAAAGGGGUUGCCCUUUUGCUAAUUAGACAUGGUGCUGAUGUUGACAUUGAGGAUAAGGAAGGCUAUACCGUCCUUGGUCGAGCAUCUGAUGGAUUCAGACCUGCGCUGAUUGAUGCAGCCAAGGCAAUGCUUGAAGGCUGAGUCCAAUUUGUGCUGCCUUAAGGUGAAAGAAAGAUGGGAGAACAUCUGGAUAGAAACUUUGUCCUUCAAAAACAAGUCUGUUGCAUAUUCCUGGCAUACGUUAACUUUCCCCAUCUAGAAUCAGAUUGACCAGCUCGAUUUUCAUAGUUUUAUAGUUUUGGACAAAUAAAACCCCGGUUCCAUCGCUCUGCCGAUUGAACUUGUUCAGUCAGAGGUUGUAAAAUCUCUGUCAAUUAUCUAUACUGUCUCACAUUCGUAUGCCAUAGGUUAUAGUUGUACUAGAGAUGAUAGUUUUUAACCAAGUUCACUGAACAUUAAUGGACCCCGUUCCUUGACGCCAGUACUUCCUCUGGUUCGGUAUAGAAGGCACAUUUUCAAAA